UCAAAAGCUAAAUAAAUAUCUAUCAGCUCUCAGGUGUGUGGAUUUCAGUGUUCGGCUGCUCUCUUCUCCAAAAUGGAACGAAUUUCUCUAUAUUGUCUCCUCCUUCUUCUAUCUCUUCUAUGCUCUGCACUCGCGUCCACCGUAGUAUCUGAUGAUGACUUUGAUGACGAAGAGAUUUUGAUCAGGCAAGUCGUUACAUCGUACGACGAUGAUCAUCUUUUGAACGCGGAGCAUCACUUUUCCCUCUUCAAAUCAAGAUUCAGCAAAAUUUAUGCCACCAAAGAGGAGCACGACUACCGAUUUGGCGUUUUCAAGGCUAACUUGCGGCGAGCGAAGCGCCACCAGUUCCUGGACCCCUCAGCGGUCCACGGUGUCACCAAGUUCUCUGAUUUGACGCCGUCUGAAUUCCGUCGUCAGUUCCUCGGCUUAAACAGGCGCCUUCGGCUCCCAGCCGACGCUGAAAAGGCUCCCAUUCUGCCCACCAACGAUCUUCCCACUGACUUCGACUGGCGUGACCAUGGUGCCGUUACUGGCGUUAAAGACCAGGGUGCUUGUGGAUCAUGCUGGUCCUUUAGUGCGACUGGGGCUUUGGAGGGUGCUCAUUAUUUAGCAACUGGCGAACUAGUGAGCUUAAGUGAGCAGCAGCUUGUGGAUUGUGAUCACGAGUGUGAUCCAGAAGAAUAUGGUGCUUGUGACUCUGGGUGUAGUGGUGGGCUCAUGACGACUGCCUUUGAGUACACACUCAAGGCUGGAGGACUUGAACGAGAGGAAGACUAUCCUUACACUGGGACCGAUCGUGGUUCCUGCAAGUUUGACAAAAGCAAAAUUGCGGCUACUGUAUCUAACUUCAGCGUUAUUUCCCUUGAUGAAGAUCAAAUUGCUGCUAAUCUAGUGAAGAAUGGUCCUCUUGCAGUGGGGAUCAAUGCAGUUUUCAUGCAAACAUAUAUUGGAGGGGUUUCUUGCCCCUACAUUUGCGGGAAGCACUUGGAUCAUGGAGUGCUUCUGGUGGGAUACGGCUCAGCUGGUUAUGCACCUAUCAGGUUUAAGGAGAAGCCUUACUGGAUCAUAAAGAAUUCGUGGGGAGAAAACUGGGGAGAGAAUGGAUACUACAAGAUAUGUAGGGGUCGCAAUGUAUGUGGAGUGGACUCCAUGGUCUCAACAGUAGCAGCAGCCAUCCACACAACCUCACACUAGAUUGUUGAAUUCCCAUAUUCAUACUAUGGAGGUCAUGCCAGUAAAUACAAGUGAUAUUAUAAUAUGUGUAACAUAUAUUUAUCUGUUAGAAUGAAUAGGCUCAGCCUAGGAAGAAACUUUUCAUGGUCAUGGUGUUUAAAACGUAUGUAAUAUUGUCAGGACUGGCAAUUUCAUGGUUGUGUACUGCUGCAGACAAUUGUUUGCCUUUGUUUAAAUGGUUAUGUUAUCUCUAUAUGGAGGAGCUGCCUUGUAGAAA